AUGCCGCAGCCACCUCGAAAAAGAAAUGUUUGGAAAAUAAAAAUCGACAAGAGAGCGAUAAACCCUCGCCAGUUCUUGAAAGAGACGCAGACGGGACAAGACGGAUAUCCACUGUAUCGUCGUAGAAGCCCUGCAGAUGGAGGUUUUACAGCAAGCAUCAAUCUACGAGGAUCAGAAGUUUCGGUGGACAAUGCCUGGAUUGUUCCUUACUGUCCACUACUAUCCAAAUUUUUUAACGCACAUAUCAACGUUGAGUACUGCAAUUCUGUCAAGUCCAUAAAGUAUGUAUGCAAGUAUGUCAAUAAAGGAUCCGACAUGGCUGUAUUUGAUGUCACCAGUGGAGCCAAUGAACUGAAUGAAAUUCAUCAAUAUGAGAUGGGAAGAUACAUUAGCAGCAAUGAAGCAGUGUGGAGAAUACUCAACUUUCCAAUCCACGAACGUCAUCCCACAGUCGUUCAUCUAAGCGUCCACCUUGAAAAUGGCCAGAGAGUGACUUCACUGAAGAAAAUGCUGCUGAACGGGUCCAGGCACCCCAGGAAACAACGCUCACAUCUUUUCUUCAAGCUGUGCACCCAAGAUAACUUUGCUCGCAAUUUACUUUACAACCAAAUUCCAAAGUACUACACAUGGAACAGCAGGAACAAGAGUUGGAACCGCCGUAAAACAAGGACAAAUUGUUCCAGAAGAAACAGGAAUCCGGUCUACUGA